GCCGUCUUUCGUCAGUCGUCUUCGGAGCGUCGCGUGAUAACGUAGGUAACGUCUUGUGAAACGUGAUCCCGAUCCCGCGCUCUUCUGCGUCAUAGAACAAACGUAUUCGAAUAAACAAAUUGAAAUCAGCGCAAGAUUCUGCGUUGCAUCGAAUGCAAAACAACGGAGGUUCUCCCACUUCGCGAAACGUCAUCAUCGCGAGAUCGAGAUAUUAGCGCGCAUUAAUCAUCGUCGAGCUUGAACGAGAGAGAUAGAGUACAUCCCCUUUAUGAAGUCAUUUGUACAGGAAGCUGAAAGCUCCGCCGGAUUUCUAAAAAACUCGUCGUGAUAAGUACGUCAUCCUGUCAUCGAUCAGCUGAUUGUCAUCCGCAUUAAAUCGCGAGUCGUCUGAAAUUGACGCGAAUAUCGCCGCCGAUGACGAGCCUCGUUUUAAUACGCGAACAAUCGAAAUCAUCCUCGACGAGAUUCGAUAACAGCCGUGGAAUUAUCUGACGCGUCAUCUUAAGCGAGAGUGAACUCCAUUGAUCGGUCCAGCAGAGAAACAUAGUACGUUCGUGCUAACGUCACACGCCCACACGAGAAGAUCACCCGGACUUUUUCGGGAUUUUUAUCGCUCGAAUUUUCCGACCAUGCCCAUAUUUCGCGAAAACGCGAGUGCGAGCUCCAGGAUUGUUCGUGAAAACUCAUCGGUGUUCGCGAGGACCUGAUCUUUCUCCCGAAAGAAAAUAAGAUACUGUCGUCUUUUGUGUGUGAUUAAUUCGUUUGCGCGUUUUCAGAGAGACAACAUUAUAAUUAUCGUGCAAAGAAAAAUUGCAUUUUUCUCGCGGAAGAGAAUUGUGUACGUACUUUAUCUCGUACUUUAUCGAGACUUUUUCGAGAGCCGAAAAAAACGUUACAAUAACACUCUUUGUAGUGCCGAGGGUUAGCGAAAUUUUGUGAACGCAUCACGUGUUUUCAUCUCGCGAUUGUUGUCGAACGCGAGAAUCUGCGGAAUGCUUCUCGGCGGUUGCAGAUAUUCGUCCCAAAAUCAAAAUGUGCCGUCCACGAGGAGCAACGCUUGGGGCUCCAGUCCUUUUCGAAACACCGGUAUGCCGUUGCAGGACAUCACAAUGAGUCAAACUAUGCCAUUGACAAAUGGUGAAAACACAAAAGCAUAUGGUGAAAAUUUACCCGAGGAUAAAAACAGUGCGACGAUGGCACGGUCAGGAAGUGGUGGAAGCGGAAGUGGCGGAGGAGGCGGAAGCGGAGGGGUGGGUUAUGGUAGAACCAUGAAAGAAUACGAGGACGAAUUGAGCAGCUUGAAGAAAGAAAAUUUUCAGCUGAAAUUGCGAAUUUAUUUUUUGGAAGAAAAAAAUCCUGCAAGAAGCGGCAUCAGUUCCUCUGACGAGGAUAUAAUCAAGACGAAUGUGGAAUUAAAGGACGAGUUGGAAAAACUAAGGAAGGAGGUGAUGGAAAAGCAGGGUUUUCUCAAUCAAGCAGCUACAGCUUUCAAAUUAUACGAGGAGCAAAAGGCAGCGACUCGAGAUCAAUAUCAGCAAUCACUUGAAGCGGAGCGAGAAAAAGUAAUUAAGCUCGAAAAAGAAUUAGCGGAGCAUCGUGUAAAGGAACUAGAUGCAUCCGGAUUUUAUAAAGAAACGUUCGGUAUCACUCCAGAAGAAGCGUUGAAAAAUGAGGAAAAAUUGAGACAGAUGGAAGAAUUGGUAGCUUCUCUUGAAGCACAGAUGAAACAAACAACCGUUAUUUUGGACGAGGAACGAUACUGGGCGGAAGAACUUGAGAAUGAGAGGGACCAGUUCAGAGAGCAGUUGGAUAUGCAGACGCAAUUGCGGGAGAAGCAGGAUUGUGAGCGAGUGCGAAGCAUUGAGAAACUGUGCGAAGAGGUAAAGGAAUUGAAGGAGGAAUUACUCAAGAAGGACUCCAUUGUGCAACAAUACAAGGACGAUCUUAGCGAACGGGACAGGCUGCUGAAGCAGAAGAGUACAUUGCUGGAGGAAAAGUGUCGCAUGUGCGAGGAGCUUAACCAAAUAUCGGAGAAGAGGAAGAAACAAAUCAUUCAAUUGAGGAUAUCGGUGAAAACGCGCGAUGAUGCCCUUGCAGAAGUUAACAAUAAGCAUCGUGCGCUAUUAUCGCAGUGUGAAUAUAGCAAACGUUUGUCGCCGCCUACUAGUCCUUUGGCUAUAACUUCGUCGGUGAAUGCCGAAUAUUCAUCGCCGUUAAUGGGACAGAAGCAGCAAUCUUAUAUUCAGAAUACAAGAUGUGAAGGUGCUUAUGAAUCGAAUAUAAAAGAAAAAGCAGCGAGUUUGAACUCACCCUUAGGCGGAGAUGGCAAGGAGAUUAGACAGUUGAUCAAGGAAUUGGAAGAGCGGGAUAAUGAAUUGAAACGGCAAGAAGAGACCAGAAAACAAUUAAUAUUAAAAUUGUGCAAUGCUGAAAAGCAGAUGAAAACUUCGGAGCAGAAAUUGAAAAAGAUAGAAGUCGAGUACGAGAAAGCCAUUAGGGCGAUACAAGGCUUCGUUGAACGCGAGAAACAAAUGCAAGAUAUAUAUUCUCGUAAGGAACAGAGAACCCUGGAACUAGAGACAGAGUUGCGUAAAAGAAGAAACAGUCACGAUCUCGUUUCGUUGAAGGAUCUCGGCGUCAAGAAUGAAAACGAUUCCUGUGAACAGCGACGUUUCGAAGAAAUGGAAAGCAAGAUCAACGAUCUGCGGGAUCAAAUCGAGACAAUAAAAGCUGAGAAGAGCCUCUUGGAGAAACGGACACAAGUCGAAUCUGAGGAACUUCAAGAACGCCUUCAUAAUAAGGAGCAAAGAAUCGCGAUUUUGGAAACAGAGAAGCAGAUGAUUACGGAAGAGUUAAAGGACAAAGUCGCCGAGCUCGAUAAGCUGAAGCACACCGAGACGAACAGCGUUGAGCAUGAAGUUACUACCACUGAUCAUCACAAUGAUACUCCACGAAGGGACGAAUUGCUCGAGCAACUGGAUCAACGAAACACCGAGAUCGAGGAGAAGAACCGAAAGAUCGAGCAGCUGACGAAGGAGCUGCAGGUGACGACUCAGAAUCUUCAGAAGCUGGUCAAUACAGAACUCUGGAGCAAGAAUAAGGAAAUUGCCAAGCUGCAUAAUUACAUGACGGCGUCAUAUGGCCACGAAAAGAGCCGUAAUAAGUCCGACGUCGUCCAGGAAGCCGAUAACUCGCAGCUGACAAAUCUGAUUCGCGAGCUGAACGACAUUGGUAUUAAAGUGAACUUCACGAACGAGACUGUCCAACUUAACUACAUCAACGGGAAUGAAACAGUGAAUCUGAAGACGUUGGACGAAUACGUUCAGAGAUUGACGAGUCAGCGAAACGAUCUGGAGAAGGAAGUGGACUAUCUGAAGUGGCUGAAACUCGUAGCAAAGCCUGAUAUCGCCGCAGAAGUCGAUGGUUGCGGCAACGAGACGGAACGGGCGAAAAAGUAUUGCGAGUUGCUGCGCACGCAUCUGAAGGAUCUGGUGAAGUUCAUGAAGGAGAUGCUGAGGAGCGCGGAUCACGCGGACACCAUCGGUAACGAGCACAAGAAGCUUGUGCUGGACGUUUUACUCAGCUCCAAGAUUCUAUCAGAUGAUUUCGUGCGAGCUCUUGAAGGCAUGACUGUGCAAGACAGCGUGAUCGUAAAUGAUAGAAUCGUCGACGGUUCUAUGAGGAGGAGUCGGUCCGAAAACAUCGCGGAGACGGGCGCAAAGAAUCAGGCGUCGCAGUCGGACUCUGAGACGUUUUCGGAACCUGACCGAACCGUCUCCAUGGCUAGAAUCGGCCUGCAGGAAACACAGUACAAGAAUCCGAGCCGUUCCAGAUUUACGAAGUACACGAAAACCUGUAGUGAUUCCGAAGAUUCCGCAGACUAUGUGCCUUACUACAAGACCUACCAGAACGAUCUGAAUGAUUUGGACACGAGCUAUCAAAUACAAGAGCUGAAGGAGACGAAUAAUAUGCUGUAUUCUGAACUUAGCGCUUUAAGAAACGACCUGGUUACGAAAGUUUCUUUCGAUUGUACAAUUGAUGAAAAGUUAACUCCGUUUAUUACAAAAUUGGAGAAGUCCCAAAGGUUCUGUGAAAAGUUACAAGCUUCCUUGGAAAAGAGAAUACAUGAGUUUCACAUAUUAAGAAAGGAGAACAAACAGAAUAGCUUUCGGAAAACGCAAAUGGAAAAUGCCGAAAAGAAGACUACGGAAACCCUGUUAAUCGUCAACAAGGAGAACGAAUCGAUGCGAGCAGCAAUUAAACGGCUGGAAGAGGAAAACGAAACUGCCAAGACGACCAUAUCCAACCUGAGGAAAGAGCUGGAUCAUCUCGCCCUUUCGCACAGUCAGAUACUCGUGGAGAAUACUCAAUUGACAAACGACAAGUUGAGACUUGAGCAAGAAAUAAGGAAAAUGGAGAAUCGAUAUGACGUAGCUGUUCGCUCGCUGCACGAUAAAUUUAGCAAAGAGAUAUUUGAUCUCAAUCAGAUCAACGAGUCGCAUCGAGCAAGAGUGCAAGAGCUCGAAGCGGCGAAUAAAGAGUUCAGGAGACACAUGGCGGUGUGCGAGGCUAGCGAUUCCGCACCGAGCUCGAGUGGUGUGUCGUCUAUACCCACAGACACUACGCUCAAGCAAACCUGCGAUAUUCUACACGAAUAUCAACCUUAUAACAACUUGCAGUAUUGGCAAUCGACAAAUUAUUAUACGCUUGGAGGACGCAGUAAGUCCAGCUGUUCACCAGAUUUAGGUAUAGAAAGUGAUGCCGCCGUUACCACGAUAAGGCCUUUGAAAGACACAUUAAAGAUCACGGAAUCUAUGACUAACUUACUGAGUGACGAAGAUAGCGAAAAUAGUAAUCACAGAGUUCGAGAUACAAACAGUGAAAGUCCAAUACCGAUAGAAGGUCUUGACGAGGUGGAAACUUUAAAACAAGAGAAUGAAGCAUUAAAACGAAGACUGAUGAAAACUAGAAGAGCGCUAGAAGACACAUUUGAGCAUCUAUCAACUUCAAACAAGAAUAAGAAGAACGUUGAAAAGGCGAUAAUAAAGCAGCUUAUGAUUACUAGAAAUGUCUUAAAAAAAACGAGGACAUUUGAUGAACCUUUGGACAAUUAAUAGAGAUUACAGACUGACAGCGAGAAAUAUUGCAUUAAAAAAAUAGAGCACGAAAUUGUUACUCGUUGAAUUGUGUUCUUAUAGAUUAGCUAUUUAUUCAUAUAAAUGUAUAGUAUUUUAUCUGCUUAUCAUUUAUCUAUUCUUGUAUUUUCGAAAUAAGAAAACGAACAAUACAUAUCGGUACAAAAGAUUAUAAGAUACUUCUAGACGUAUUAUAAAAUUUCUAAACGAAAAGAUUUCUAAGUAAGAAUAUUUUCAUACAAGCGGAACAUGCUAUUUUCAUUUUAAAAAUUUAUAUAAUAUAUAUAUAUAUAUAUAUCAAACGA